UCCGACAGUCGGUUGCCGGUAAAACGGGGCAGGGCCUCUGUUCACCGUAACGGUAGUCGGAGUUUGAGAGAAAACAUCAUCUCUGCCUUUACAAUGAGCGUGAUACAGCUUCUCUAAAACAGCGUUUUAACGAGUCUUCCGUUUACGAGCUGCUGCUUCUUCUUCUUCUUCUGCAUGUAGUGACGGGAGUUGUAGUUUUUAGCUCUUGGAGGACUGAGUGACUGGAAGCAGCUCGGCAGAAUACAACAGCAGCUAACGCUACAUGAAUGAGAGAAUAAAAACACUAAACUAAACAGUCAUGGAUCCGAACAGGAUAAUCCAGGCUCUGAAGGGGACCAUCGACCCGAAUCUGAGGAUAGCCGCUGAGAGUGAGCUCAACCAGUCCUACAAAAUCAUCAACUUCGCUCCGACACUGCUUCAGAUCAUCGUGUCAGAGCAGGUGGAGUUUCCUGUUCGUCAGGCAGCGGCCAUCUACCUGAAGAACAUGGUGAGCCAGUACUGGCAGGACAGAGAGCCAUCUCUGGGUGAGGUCAUCUUUCCCUUCAACAUCCACGAGAACGACCGGCAGCAGAUCAGAGAUCACAUCGUGGAGGGCAUCAUCCGCUGUCCAGAGUCCAUACGAGCACAGCUGACCAUGUGUCUGCGAGCCAUCAUCAAACAUGACUUCCCUGGGCGUUGGACGGCCAUCGUGGACAAAAUCGGCAUGUACCUGCAGUCUCAGAACAGCGGCAGCUGGUACGGCAGCCUGCUGGCUCUCUACCAGCUGGUCAAAACAUACGAGUACAGGAAGGCGGAUGAGCGGGAGCCGUUGCUGGCAGCGAUGCAGAUCUUUUUGCCGAGGAUUCAGCAGCUCAUCAGUCAGCUGAUGGCCGACGCCACCAUCUUCUCUGUCCUCAUCCAGAAACAGAUCCUCAAAAUCUUUCACGCCCUCGUACAGUACUCGCUGCCUCUCCAGCUGAUCAACAACACAGUUAUGACUCAGUGGAUGGAAAUACUGCGGGCAAUAAUGGACCGAGACGUUCCAGCUGAAACGUUAGAGGUGGAUGAAGACGACCGUCCCGAGCUGGCGUGGUGGAAGUGUAAAAAAUGGGCGCUACGUAUCAUCACCAGACUGUUUGAGCGGUAUGGAAGUCCCGGCAAUGUGACAAAGGAGUACUACGAGUUUGCAGACUUUUUCCUGACGACAUACGCAGUCGGCAUUCAGCAGGUGUUACUGAAGGUGGUGGACCAGCACAGACAGAAGCAGUACGUCACUCCUCGUGUCCUGCAGCAGUGCCUCAACUACCUGAACCAGGGCCUGUCUCACUCACUUACCUGGAAACAGAUGAAGCCGCACAUGCAGGCCAUCUGUCAGGAGGUCAUCUUCCCUCUCAUGUGCUACAAAGACGAGGAUGAGAAGCUCUGGCAGGAAGAUCCGUAUGAGUACAUCCACAUGAAGUUCAGUCUCUAUGAUGAUCACGCCCUUCCUGCCACGGCUGCACAAAGUCUCCUCUGUAAAGCUGCACGCAAAAGGAAGGAGGUUCUUCCUCAGAUCAUGGAGUUCUGCCAUCAGAUCCUCAUGGAUCCCUCUGCUGAUCCCCGCAGGAAGGACGGGGCGCUGCACUGCAUUGGCGCUCUGGCUGAGCUCUUACUGAAGAAACGGGUGUACAGGGAACAGAUGGAGCUGAUGCUGCAAAACUACGUCUUCCCUCUUCUGAACUCUCCGAUGGGUUAUCUCAGAGCCAGAUCCUGUUGGGUCAUCCAUACAGUUCAUUCAUGCUGGGUGCUCCACAGCUUCAGCCCGCUGCGCUUCCAUGAUGAGGUGGUGCUGCGGAACGCUGUCGAGUUGGUCAAACAGGAUCUGAUAGACGACAAGGAGAUGCCAGUGAAGGUGGAGGCCGCCAUUGCUCUGCAGACGCUGGUCAGCAACCAGGAACAAGCCAAGCUUUACAUCAGGCCGUACAUCCGGCCCGUCAUGCAGGAGCUCCUACAUGUAGUGAAAAAGACUGAAAACGAUGAUCUGACAAACGUCAUCCAGAAGAUGAUCUGCGAGUACAACCAGGAGGUGGCUGCCAUCGCUGUGGACAUGACGCAGAAUCUGGCGGAGAUCUUCACAAGGGUCCUCCAGAGCGAGGAGUACGAGGAGAAUGAAGAUAAAACCGUCAUGGCUCUGGGCAUCCUCAGCACCAUCGACACCAUCCUCACCGUCAUGGAGGACCACAAAGAGAUCACUCAGCAGCUGGAGGGGAUCUGUCUGCAGGUGAUCGGCCUGGUCCUGCAGAAGCCCAUCAUAGGUAUGGCAGAGUUUUACGAGGAGAUCCUGUCACUGGCAUUUGGUCUCACUUGUCAGACCAUCUCCCCUCAGAUGUGGCAGCUCCUCGGCGUCCUCUAUGAGGUCUUCCAGCACGACUGCUUUGACUACUUCACAGAUAUGAUGCCUCUUUUGCACAACUACGUCACCGUGGACACUGACAUGCUGCUGUCCAACCCAAAGCACUUAGAGGUCAUCUACAGCAUGUGCAAAAAGGUGUUGACUGUAGAUGCAGGCGAGGACGCUGAGUGCCAUGCUGCCAAACUGUUGGAGGUCAUCAUACUGCAGUGCAGAGGACGAGGCAUUGACCAGGUCAUUCCUCUGUUCGUGGAGGUCGUCCUGGAGCGUCUGAUGCGGGGGGUGAAGUCCAGUGAGCUGAGGACCAUGUGUCUGCAGGUGGCCAUUGCCGCGCUGUACUACAACCCGGCUCUACUCAUCCACACACUGGACAACAUGCACUUCCAACACAGCCCUCAGCCAAUCACAGCACACUUCAUCAACCAGUGGAUGAAUGACACUGAGUUCUUCCUGGGACUCCACGACCGUAAGAUGUGCAUCAUUGGGCUGAGCGUGCUGAUGGAGCUGCCCAGCCGACCAGCUGUACUGGAGGGAGUCGCUGCCCAGAUCGUCCCCUCCAUCCUGCUCCUCUUCCUGGGCCUCAAACACCUCUAUGCCUCCCGGCUUGCCAACAAACCUGAUCUGCUGGCUCGCGCUGGAGCUCAGGAUGAAGACCAAAAUGAGGAGAUUCCCAGUGAUGAAGAUGAGGUGAAUGAGAACCGUAACGCCAUGCAGCAGCAGAGUGGCAUGCCGGCCGGUCAGGGUGGCGAGGAUGAUGACGAGGAUGAAGACGACUACUGGGAUGACGACGGCUUUGAAGGGACGCCCUUGGAGGAGUACAGCACGCCUCUGGACUAUGACAAUGGAGAGGAUGAAUAUCGCUUCUUUACUGCUGCUCUGCUCCGGGUCCAGAACAGCGAUGCAGCAUGGUAUCAGAGUCUGACUGCUCCGCUCAGUGAUGACCAGAAGAAGCAGCUGCAGGAGAUCUACAGCAUCUCUCAGCAGAGGAGGAGCACCGCCGACAAGGGCCAGUGAGGAGAAGGAUGAUGGGCAUCAGAGAAAGAAGAGGAGGGGCAAAGAUGGGAGGAGCCGGUCUGAACUGGGCUGACGAGGAUAUCAGUCUGAUCUGAAUUAUCCCGGUCCAGAUCAGACUGGAAUGAUCCCAACAAAUCCAGGUCACUGGGUGCCAUCAGAGCUGGAGGGAACGACGGACUGAUAUGAAAUGGACCUGGAAUAUUCCUACCACCAGGACCGACGUGUGCAUGAGUGAGUGAGUGUUUUAGGGCUGCAUUAUAAAUAUAAAUGUCCUCGACCAGCAGAAUUUGUUCCUGUACAGCGCAGUCCUUUGCCGUGAAUGAGAAACUUUAAGAACACAUCUGUUUGUGUUUGUUCGUACUGUAAGCACUCGUCUCCGUCUCUCUGUAGUUGAACACUUUUUAUCAUCUCACAAUAUGACGGUGAGGCCGACGAGGAUUAAAAAGAAUCAGAUUUCUGUCAGGGUGCCUUGUAUUCAGACUGAAGACAGACGAGGGGGUUAAAGACCCGACGAGGUCUCAGAUGAAAUAUCAAAACAGGACGAGGGAUCUCAGAUUUUUGUCUGUCUUUGUUUCUGGAUUUUGUUUUUGUAACCGUUUUCAGGACUAAUUUAAGAAAAUCAUAAAAGUUCAUGUAACAUUUCUCUGUCUUUUUCUUGUUGUUUUGUUUUUCUUUACUGUUUUCAACCUUGAAUAAACUUUAUGGUG